UCAGUAACGCCCAGAAUAGAUUCCUCCAUAACUUUACCAGGCACUGACGUGAGACUGACAGGCCUGUAGCUGCCAGGGCCUUCGUUCUUGCCCUCCUUGAAAACUGGCACAACAUUUGCCAGCUUCCCGUCAACUGGGACCUCUCCAGAUUCCCGAGACCGCUGAAAAACAACUGCGAGAGGUCCCGCAAAUACGGAAUACAAGGUUAUGACAGACUUUUGCUGGGCGCUCCUGCAUGCAGGACGCUCAACACUGCAAUCGCCAAUAAAAUAGCUUCACAGAAGAUCCUGUCUGAAAAAAUUAUUGACAUUUUCCCUCACAGGCAUGGGAGGAACGAGCGUCCGGCAGUGCCGGGCACCUCCCCUCCCGCACAGCCUCAUCCCCGUCCAGAAAUGUCUCCUCCGAAGCACUGCGCCGGCGCUGCAGGCACGCGGACCGGCCAGGGACAGGCCCCAUCCCACCGCCGGCAUGGCCACCGGCACCCAGCCACCACGGCCACAGAGGCACCGAGGCCAGCACCAAGGGAGACACGAGGAGCACAGCGCCCAUGGGCUCCACCACCCAAAUUUCUUUCUGCAGAUGGCCCCGGGGGCUCCCUCAGGCCGUGCAAAGGGAGCUCGGGGAGCUCCAGCACUCAGGCGACGCCAGGGCCUGUGUGGGACUGAGGGCGUGGCCGGGGGGCUGUGGCGGGGCGGGGGCGCAGGUGACAGCACAGGGGACGUGUCACAAUGGGGGGGCUGCUUUUAAGGCAGCAGCGGGCAGCGCUGCCGCAGUUUGGCCUGAGCCACUGGCGAGACCAUGGUUUCGGCAAUCUUCUUCGCCUGGACGUUCCUGGCCUUAAUUCAUAGCCCACAGAAGGUCGGCGGCGAACUGGAUGCGGCUACAAAUGAGCGCAUGCAGCAGCGUGCCGAGGAGCUGCAAGCGCGCAUGAUGCGGCUGCUGCUGGAAACGGAGCAGAGGGACCGGGAGCACGGCUGGCCGCGUAUGGGAACCCUGCUCCCGUCUGUGCUGCAGCACUGGCAGUUCUGGGCCCUGACCGGAGAGCUCGUCCUGUUCGCUGUGCUCUGCCGCGUGGUCAUGAAAUUGUGCCGCGAGCUGCGCAGCGGAGACGAGAAGGGCAUCUCCGGAAGCAAGGAGGACGACGACUCUGAGGAAGACCCCACCGACGCUUCGGAUGCCCGCAGACUUGCCAACGGGUACCUGCAGUGGCCGGUGAGGAACCUGGAGGAGACGUGCAAGCUCGUGGAGGACCUGGUGGACAGCCUUCUCUGCGCCUGCCAGACCCUCCCCGGGAACAAGUUCAUGCCGCGGCCGCAGCCACCCAUCGGGGUGGGCAGCGUCUCCGGUCCCGCGGAGAACGACACCGUCUACCGCCUGCUCGUGCCCCUGAACCCACCCCCCGGGCACGCCUUCCACCUGGAGCUGGGCACCGAAGGGGAGACGCUGCCCAGGAGCUCCUGCCUCCGCGUGGAGCUGCGAUGCACGUGCACCCGGGAGCGGCUGCUGGGGGACGUGCCGUGCUUCCUCCACCGUCCCGAGGCACAGCUGGAAAAUCGGGACCCAAACCUCCUGGACACCCUCUGCUGCGGCUCCUACUUGAAUGUGCGGAAGACGGCAAAGUGGUUCCAGGAGCUGGUGACAGAAGCCUGGGCGGCCGUGCCUCAGUCGUCCCAGCUGCAGCUAACGGUGCUGCCCUCCGCCCGCUUCUGCGAGCUCAGGCUGACCAACGCCUCCGAGGAAACCCUCUCCAUCGAGAUCAUGCUUGGGGUAAAGCAGGACGACUCGGACACCUUCGUGACCUUCGAGUAGUCAGAGGCCGUCGUCAGCAGCAGCACGAGCUGCCCACAGAGCUGCGCUGUGCCAGAGAUGCACUUCUUCAGCAAACACCUCGGCACGCUGUAUCCUGUUAGGCACCAACUUUGCCACCCGUGCCUCGAAGACAGCUGUCACCCACCUCCUGACCACCAUCCUCGGGGCAAGCACGCACAGGACGGAUCUGCAGCCCCACACCGGCGAUGACUUCGGUGGCUGCAGAGCUGACUGAGUGACACCCUGCUUGCCACAUGCCCCAGAGCUGAGCACGCUGGCCAUGCAGAAGACGCUGCUCGCUCGGGAACUGCUCCUCCGUGUCCUCUCCACAGCAAAACCACCCCUGGGGGAGGCACACCCCUUGCAGCUGAAGAGACCGCUGCAGAGAAGCUUGAAGCAGAGACUCCUCUUUCCACCUGGACAGUGACCACCUGGGCUCCUGGGGAGCGUCCACUCGCUCCAGGAGCUCUGACCUCUGCAAAAAUUGCAAUACAUAUUGCUUUCUUGAACAAAUGCUUCGUCCGUGAGUGUCUGUACCACACCUGGUCAGGAAACGCGGGCAUGAGGUGCUGACAGCUGGGCUGCCACAGCCCCGGGGAGCAUUUUGCUGAGGAGCUGAUUCCGUGGGCUCCAACUGCGCUCCUUCUGGAGCUACAGCUCCGCUGCCUGUCCUGGCUCCUCCAGCAGGGCAAGGAGAAUAGCUCAGCACCCUCCUGAACGCCCCAUGUUGCCGGUGUGCUGUAUGGAGUCUGCAGGGGGGACUUGUGCUACCCGAGGCGAACCAUGCCCUGGGAGCCCGACGGCUCCCAUCACACCCCGUUGACCAUUUGGGCCCAGUUCAGACUUAUCUAACCGCUGCUAACACUGCAAAUUAAAGGCAUCCCAGAAUGGAUAUAAGAAGGAAAUGAAUAACCAUUUUGGACGCUCUGUGGACAGGUGGGAGGUGCAGCAGUCAGGCUCCCAGCCCCGCUCCCCACCGAGCAAGGCCACUCACCAGUUUUAGGGAGUUUAAAGCUGGCUGGGGCUGCCCAGGACACUGAGUCCAUUCAAAGCACCGGCCCAGCGGGCUGAAUUAGCUCAUCUGUUGGCAACCUGCAAGUGAGCGGGGCUGAGGUGUAACCAUACACGCUGUUGACAAUGACUGAAAACCACAAACAAGUAAGAAUCGUAAUAGUUACAGGGCAAUGUGUGAAUGUGAGUCACGUCCAAGCGUCAGCUGCGAGCUAUCUUCAUCUCCACCGAUGAGCACUGCUUGGUGCUGGAGGGGGCGGAGGGGGAGCUGUGCCCCUCAGACACCCCCCUUUUCUCACAUUACUCUGUGUCUUCCUGACACUACACAAAACAAGCGCUCGUGUAUGGAGCCAUCGUAGCUUUGCAGACCUGUAAGCUGGCAUCGCUGGGUGCUUUAUUUUUAACUCCAGGCAAGUCACAUCGUGUCUUCCCAAGGGCACAAAAAGCAGCCACUAGACCAAGCUCAGCAGAGGCAAUUUCAAGGGCAGCACUCCCCACACCUUGUUUUUCCAUGGUGAAAAGGCCACCUGCCUGCAGCAGAGCCCCCUGCACAGCUCCAGGACCCCACUUUCUGCCUGUGAUCACCCCCAGCUGCAUGUCCCCAUGCCUGAGCACACGGCCCUUCAAGCAUCUCCAGAGCACAAAAAACAUGCUGGGGCCUAGCCAGCCGCUCGGGUUUGUUGGCUAAACCCACUCCUAUCUACCUCGAGGUAGAGCAGAAAAUAAGUGGCAGUAAAUUAGCCUCCAGGUAAGCCCCAAGCAGCUGCAGGCCAGGCGGCACGGCACCGAAGCACAAAUUGUUGCUUGUUUUGUGCUUGCAGGGCGCAGGCACAAGGUGCUGCCCCAGAGCAGCCGCUCCUGCGCCUGUUUACAGCAAGAGCCCCAGCCAGAAGGGAGAUUAAAUUUCAGAUACUGAAUCACUUGCUUCGAGGGAGUUACAUCAGCAGCUCAUUUGGCCUGCUUCUCUCUUGUUCGUUUGCUUCUUUCUCUGAAACAAACGCUCUGCUUUGGUUUUCUCGGAGCAGUUCCCCUUCUGCCGCGCUGCUCGCUGGGCUACUGCAGGGCUCCGCCGACCGGGAUGACAUUUAGCUACGGGAGGAAAACAGGCAGAGAAGAGGAACCUGCAUUUUAAAAAAGGAAACCUCUAGUGAAACCGCAAUUGUGCAGCUGUCCCAGCUCUGCCACUUCUGCAGCACACUUCAACGGGCUCGUUAGCAUUUUUUUACAGAAAUAAAGCAGUCAGCUAUCGGCGUGGUGUUCAUCGCUGCUGUCGAGCGCUGAACAAGCUAAUACGGCUUGGCAUCCUGCAAGUGACAAGUGUCGAGAGACGCUGCUGUGCUCGACCAGCUCCCGUGACUGUUCUGCUGAGGAAUUUUUCUGCUGCAACGUUACAUUGGCACUGAGAAGAGGCCGGGAAAGA